AUGUCGCAUCUCCUGGUGAUUGCGCUCAGCAGCGGGCUCGGCACGGGUCUCUUGGUGGGCGCCGCCGACAAGUUGCGUGUGGGCGGCCCGUUGGCGCUCCUCUUGGCGUACGCCAUCGUCGGGCUCAUGUGCAUCUGCACGAUGAACUCCGUGGGCGAGCUCACGGUGGCGUACACGGAGUUGGAGGGCGGCUUCAACGACUGGUACCGCAAGUUCCUCGACGAGUCCGUGGCGUUCGCGUUCGCAUGGACGUACUACUUCCAGUGGACCGUGGCCAUCUCGUUGGAGUUGGUCACCGCGGCCAUGAUCAUCAAGUUCUGGAACACGCGCAUCAACUCGGACGUGUUCGUGGCUGUUUUCUUGGUGGCCAUCGUGGCCAUCAACUUCUUCGGCGUGCGUGGCUACGCACACGCGGAGCUCGUCAUGAACCUGGCCAAGCUCCUCAUGUUGACGGGCUUCGUGCUCAUGGGCCUCUGCAUCGACCUCGGCGCAUCGCGCUCCGGCUUCAUCGGCGGCCUGUACUGGCACGACCCGGGCUUCUUCGUCAGCUUCAAGGGCUUCGUGCAGUGCUUCGCCACCGCGUCCUUCUCCAUGGGCGGCACCGAGUUCUUGGCGCUCUCCGUCAGCGACGUGCGCAACCCCCGCCGCGCCUUGCCCGUGGCCAUCCGCCUCGUGUUCGUGCGCAUCGUCUUCUUCUACUUGGGCUCCUUGGUCUUCGUCGGGCUCUUGGUGCCCUACGACUCGCUGCGGCUCCUUGGCGCCAGCGCUCUGGCCACCAGCGCGUCGCCGUACGUGCUUGCCGCGUCGCUCCACGGCGUGCCCGUGGUGCCGCACAUCAUCAACGCGGUGAUCUUGAACUCGGUCAUGUCCGUGGCCACGGCCGCCAUGUACUCGCUGGCGCGGCUCUUGCGCUCGUUGGCCCAGCAGGGCUUUGCGCCGCGCUGGCUCGACUACACGGACCGCGCCGGGCGGCCGCUCCGCGCGUGGCUCGUCAGCGUGGUGCUCAGCUGCCUCUCGUUCAUCGCCACGUACGAGAACCAGGCGGUGGUCUUCAACUGGUUGUUGUCCAUCGUGGCGCUCGCGUUGGUCUACAUCUGGUCGGGGCUCUGCGUGUGCCACUUGCGCUGGCGGGCGGCGUUGCGCCACCAGGGCAUCCCGUUGGCCACCUUGGGCUUUGUGUCGUACACCGGCGAGUGGGGCUCGUACUACUCGCUCUUGAUCAACUUCUUGAUUUUGAUUGGCCAGUUCUGGGUGGCGCUUUUCCCGGGCAGCACGCCGGACGCCAACAGCUUCUUCCAGAACUACUUGGCCAUUCCCUUCACGCUCGUGUUGUACCUUGCCCACAAGACGUACGCGGGCACCUGGCGCACGCCGUACAUCAAGAUUGCGGACAUCGACCUUGUGACGGGGCGCAGCGUGUACGACGCAGACGUCUUGGCCUUGGACCGCGAGGAGAAGCAGCAGAAGCUCCUGUCGCUGCGCUGGUUCGCCAAGCCGUUUGUGUGGUUUUUCACCUGA